AUGGCUGAUCAACCACAAGCAAUGCGUGAUUCUGCAAACCUGGAAGCAGCAGCAGCCCCUGUUACCCCGGCAAAGUCUUCUUCGGGUAUCUUACCUUCGGUGCCACGAAAGAUCUUUUGGCUUUGGAUUGCCUUGGGUAUCAUCCUAGUAGCAGCUGUUGUGGGUACGGUGCUAGGUGUUGUUCUUUCAAGAACAAACAGCAUGAAACCAGUACAAUUGCAAGAUCAUCCCGCCGACAGCGACGAUCCUACCAUCAGCAUUGAAAACAUUGGCGAUUUUCAUGCAUUAUCUCAAUUUGCCAAUCUCACAGCGAUGAAAGUCAUUCAUGACGAUCCACGUUUCGAACCUAAUAACAAGAGCCGUAUUUUCGUUGUUGGCGAUGUUCAUGGCUCCCUUCCAGAACUCAAUGCCCUUGUGGAAAAACUCAAAUACGAUUACGACCGUGGUGAUCGUUUGAUUUUGGCAGGUGAUCUUGUGGACAAAGGCCCUGAUAGUAUAGGUGUCAUUCGACGCGCAAAGCAACUAAGAGCUUGGUGUGUUCGUGGCAACCAUGACGAUAAAGUCGUACGCUUAGCCACGUAUCAUCGGCAGGGUGCUAGCUUUGGUGGUACAGGUGAUGCGAAUAUCCCGGAAGGUGCUGUACAUGAUCCAUUAGCAAACGACAACCAUCACAUUGCCAUUGCAAGCAACAUGACCGAUGACGAUUAUAGCUAUUUGGCAAGUUGUCCCAUGAUCCUUGCUGUGCCAGCCAUCGAAAGUUUAUUUGUGCAUGCAGGCGUGCAUCCUAACCGGCCAUUAGACAAGCAAGAGCCUUUUUUUAUCAUGAACAUGCGAUCAUUGACCGCCACAGGUGAUCCCGUCAAGAAAUCAUCAGAGGGUGAAGUCCCAUGGAGCGAUGUUUGGAAUUCGGUACAAGGCAACAAUACGAGCAAAGACGCUGCUCAAUCCACUGCAACAAGCCCAUAUCGGAAGGUCUAUUAUGGUCAUGCAGCCUCACGUGGUCUGGAGCUGAAAAACUACACUUUUGGUGUCGACACAGGAUGCGUCUAUGGCGGCAAGCUCACUGCAUUAGAGAUAAAAACUGGAGAUUUGACCCAAGUGCCUUUGUAUGCAUCACCGGAUACUUCCGCACCCCAUCCCGUUACAUAUCAAGUUGUGAUCAAUACACCGGAUCGUGAAUCGGAAAUUGUAGGUGUAGCUGUGGGUCAGGAGGUAUAUGGUUUGGCACCCGAUCCUACAGUCCCCAUGCUGUAUACCGGCAUUGGUCCAUCCUCCAGCACCUAUCGCUAUGUCAUUUUGGAUAAAAAUGACAAUAGCAUCAUCCAUUUUGAGCCAUUCGAAAGACCUGCUAUAGAACAUGCCAACAGCACCUUUUACGAGACCUAUGGCCGACCAUGGAACAAAUUGGAUCUGCCAGAGCUUCCACAACUAUACAAGUUUGAACCAAAAGACCCUGCUGCAUCUCCGCUAUAUGAAGAUGGGACCAUCAUCACGCUGCAUUUUAAUGUCGAUGAAGAGCAAACGCAGAGUAUGCAUGAAAACAAAUAUGACAAAAAAUCCGCCAAGGUGAAUGGUACCAUGACCUACAUAUCCUAUAAUAACGUACAGCAAUUCCAAAAUGUGGAGCUCAAGGUGGGUGGCCAUUCAAGCAGACGUUGGGCAAAGGUGCCAUACAAGAUCAAGAUCCCACACAAGAGUGCACCUGAGGGUCUUUAUAGACGUUGGUCCUUCAAGCUAAGAUCGGAAGCAACCGAUCCCACAAUGAUGCGUGAGAUGCUUUACAAUGAUUUGCUAAAGUCCACUGGCAUUUUGGCUGCACGUGGUGUCUAUGCUCGCAUGUAUAUCAAUAAUCGCCCAGCUGGUCUCUUUUUGUUAGUGGAUGAUAGUGGAUCCACAAGCUUUAUCAAGGAAACCAUUCAUCAAGGUGAAAGCAAUGUUACUUUGGGUGAUCUUAUUCAAGGAGAUGCAGGCAAAGGUGCCUAUGCUGCCAACCUUGGUUUUAUUGGUGAUACUGCUGAGGCUUAUGACGACAAGGUGUACAAGGUCAAAAAGGCGAAAACAGCCGAGCAAAAAGAAGCAGCCAUGCAGCCUUUGAUUGAAUUCAUGCAAUUUAUUGACAGCUAUGAUCCCGAGGAUGCUCCAGAGAAUGAAGCCAUGUUACUUGAACAAUGGAAGCCUUACAUUGAUGCCAAGCAAUUUAUCCGACAAAUGGCUUUGGAGUGGAUUGGCGGCAAUUGGGACGCUGUGCAAUACUCAGGCAACAAUUACGCCAUGUAUCAUCAUCCAACCACCGGCCAAUAUAUAACCAUCCCCAUGGAUUUCGAUUAUACCUUUGGCAAUGGGCUCGAAGAAGAUCAGCGUAACCUCAUGACAGGCGAGUGGCCAGAAUUUACGGCAGGUCGCAAGACACAUUCCUUCUUGUGGGAACGUAUCAAAGCCAUUCCUCAAUUUGUCAAAAUGUACCAGGAUACAUUACGUGACAUUAAUACGCAUGUAUCCAAUCCUCAAACCAUGUUCAAGCGCAUUGAUGGUUUGGCUUACAUGUUGCAAAGAGACGUUGUAUGGGAUCGAUCCCUUGAACGCUUUACCGAAGGCUUAACACGACCUUGGUCAGCUGAGGAUUUCCUUGGAUCAUUGGAACAUGGCUCAGGACAACAAGAUGAACAAAUUGGUCUCAAAGAAUGGAUCAGUGGCAAGAGCGAAAGUAUUAUGAAUAUGCAAGAUUUGUCCCCCUCCGGUCCUGAUGGUGGCCUUGGUGUAGGCUUUUACCCUUUCAAAGAAGAAGAUCUUCAAAGAGCAUAA